AGGUGUGGUAUACAAAUAUAGUUUAAUCAUUGCAACUCCGCUGAGUAUACGGUGAAAGAUAUUUAUAUAUGAUUGCAUAGGGGACUCGAGGAGCAGACACCUAGUGGAGUGUGUGAAAAAAUUUGAGGGAGAGAGAGGAUGGAGAGUUUCUUGAAGGAGCAAAGGGGAGGGGAGUGUGUGUUGGAUUUGAGCCCGAGAUCGACGGUUGGGGGAGGUGUGGAAGAUGUGUAUGGCGAGGACCGUGCCUCUGAAGAUCAGCUGGUCACUCCCUGGACUAUCUCUGUUGCUAGCGGUUAUAAUUUGCUGAGAGACCCCCAUCACAACAAGGGGCUGGCAUUUACGGAGAAAGAGAGAGAUGCCCACUACUUGCGCGGUCUUCUGCCUCCAGCUGUUAUAUCCCAAGAGCUUCAGGAGAAAAAGUUAAUGCACAGUCUUCGUCAGUAUCAAGUUCCUCUCCACAAAUAUAUGGCCAUGAUGGAACUGGAGGAAAGAAAUGAGAGAUUGUUUUACAAACUUCUCAUUGAUAAUGUAGAGGAGCUCCUCCCAGUUGUCUACACUCCAACGGUCGGCGAGGCUUGCCAAAAGUAUGGAAGUAUCUUCAGGCGGCCACAGGGUUUAUACAUAAGUUUGAAGGAAAAGGGGAGAAUUCUCGAGGUUUUGAGGAACUGGCCUGAGAGGGCUAUUCAAGUCAUUGUUGUCACUGAUGGUGAGAGGAUUUUGGGACUUGGGGAUCUCGGCUGCCAGGGAAUGGGAAUACCAGUGGGGAAAUUGGCUUUGUACACUGCCCUUGGAGGGGUCAGACCUUCUGCAUGUUUGCCUAUAACAAUUGAUGUCGGAACAAACAACGAGCAGCUGCUAAAUGAUGAAUUCUACAUUGGGCUAAGACAAAAGCGGGCAACUGGAAAGGAAUACUACGACUUCUUACAUGAGUUCAUGACGGCUGUGAAACAAAACUAUGGUGAAAAAGUUCUUAUACAGUUUGAAGAUUUUGCUAACCACAAUGCAUUUGAGCUGUUGGCUAAAUAUGGCACCACCCACUUGGUCUUUAAUGAUGAUAUACAGGGGACAGCAUCUGUGGUGCUUGCUGGGCUUGUAGCAUCGCUUAAGCUGCUUGGUGGUUCCUUGGCGGAUCACAAAUUCUUGUUCCUUGGUGCUGGAGAAGCUGGAACUGGUAUAGCAGAGCUUAUAGCCCUCGAGAUUUCCAAGCAGACUAAAGCUCCUUUGGAGGAAACACGAAAAAAGAUUUGGCUGGUAGACUCAAAGGGUUUGAUUGUUAGUUCUCGCAAGGGAUCUCUUCAACACUUUAAGAAACCUUGGGCUCAUGAGCAUGAACCUGUUAACAAUCUCUUAGAUGCAGUCAAGGCCAUCAAACCAACGGUUUUGAUUGGAACAUCUGGUGUUGGAAAAACAUUCACCAAGGAGGUUGUUGAGGCUAUGGCCUCCUUAAAUGAGAGACCUCUUAUAUUGGCCCUCUCAAAUCCAACCUCACAAUCUGAGUGCACGGCUGAAGAAGCUUAUACCUGGACUGAGGGUCGUGCUAUUUUUGCCAGUGGAAGUCCAUUUGACCCUGUAGAACUCAAUGGAAAAUGUUUUAUGCCUGGCCAGGCAAACAAUGCUUACAUAUUUCCAGGGCUCGGUUUUGGGUUGGUCAUUUCUGGUGCUAUUCGCGUGCAUGAUGAUAUGCUUCUGGCAGCUUCGGAAGCUUUGGCUGGUCAAGUGACACAGGAACAUUACGACAAGGGGAUGAUUUAUCCUCCCUUUUCCAAUAUAAGAAAGAUCUCAGCUCAUAUUGCUGCGAACGUAGCUGCUAAAGCAUAUGAACUUGGUUUGGCAACGCGACUCCCUCGACCCGCAGACUUGGUUAAGUAUGCUGAGAGCUGCAUGUACACUCCAAACUACAGAAGCUACCGCUGAAGCAGUCGUUUACCAUAUAAUGUAUCGUUUUUGUAUUGUGCUUGGAAGCAUGUUUGAUGUGUCUCUGCUGUUGUAAGAUGCGGUCAAUCAGAAUCUCAUGUGCUGUAUUUGAUGAAUAAAUUAUUACUUCUCUUCUCUUUGUCUCAAUCAAUGUUGCUCCAGCA